AUGCCUAGCAUAGCGAAGACCGUGUACUGGGCCCUCGUCGUAGCGUGGGGCGCGUCGCUCUACCAGAUCUACCUGAAAGACCUUUUUGCGAUUACCUUUGGUGUUGGGCGCAUGAUACAGAGUAUCGAUGAAUUCCCAGAGUUUAGCUGUCGCCGUCUUGUGCAUCCUAGGCUGGAGGCGUGCGAGGAUAUUUGGCUGGACAAUGAGGGAAGAAAGCUGUAUGCGGCGUGCGCAGGUACGGCACCUAGAUUGGCUUGGAAUCAAGCCAUGAACGACCUAAACGUAACUGGACGGCGGCCCGGCGGCUCAGAACUCCUAGCUUUGGACAUCGACGAGCCUGGUGAAGACGGUCUCUACAAUCUUCGCAGUAUCAAGCCAAUAGGCAAUUACAAGGGAGCGGAUGGAAGCUCUGACCUCGAUCUUCUGGGCUUCGAUGUUCAAGUCUUAGAUGAUAACACUAUUCGCUUCUACUUUGUCAACCAACGACCACCGGUCGAUGCGUCCAACAAGAUUGUUGAUGCUUCUGAAAGCGGCGCGAACUCGACGGUCGAGAUCUUUGAGAUGAGCAAGGGACAGGAACAAAUGCGACAUGCGCGCACCGUAUUUUCCGAGGAGAUUUGGACGCCAAACCGUGUCGCAGCGCUUGGCGAUGGCUCUGGUGGGUUUUUGGUUACGAACGACCACUCGGUCAAGGUUGGAAUGCGUCGUGAACUCGACUACUUCAUCGGCGGAGGAAACGUCGCCUACUGCGAUGGAGCCGGGAACUGCCACGCGGCCUACGACGGCAGCGAGGAGCGUCAGUUCACCCAAUCAAACACAGCCAGUGAGCCAAAGUACAAGGCCUACCUCAACAAGGCGCUCGGCUACCUUCCCAAAACGAAGCUCAAAUUCUCCAACGGACUGGCGCUCGGCCGAGACGGCCUCUUCUACGUCCCCAGCACCAUCGACGGUAAAAUCCGCGUUCUAGCACUUCAGCCCGACAAGACCCUCAGCCUGGUCGAUAUCAUUCACGUCGGCAUGCCGCUCGACAACAUCUCACCGGAUGCGAACGGCGAUAUGUAUGUCGCAGGUUUCCCGAAUCUCUACCAAGCUGGUAAAGGCUUUGACGACCCCUACAAUGACAUUUCACCCGUGACUAUCUGGCGUAUCAGAAAGACGGUGGAUAUUGGCAAGACUGGGGUGAGAAGCGUGGACUAUAGAGUCGAGAAGGUCAUUGAGGAUAGGGAUGGGAAGGUGUUGAGUGGGAGUACCACGGUGAGGCACGAUGUUAAAACCGGCAGGCUGUUUGUUAGCGCUGCGGUGCACCCAUUCCUUGUGGUCUGCGAACCUACGAAAUGA